AUGUCGUCACCCCUCCCAAUAACCCUCAUUACCGCAACUACACCUCAACACUACUCACAGAUCUCUGCCCUGGAAAACCACGUCUUCUACGAUGACCCAUUCACAAUCGUAGCUUUCGGUCCGGAACGUGACUCGCCCGCUAAUAUUGAAUUGCGAGCAAAAGGGUUAGCGAAACAGCCUGAGAAGGAGGGCGAGAGAUGUGUGGUUGUUAUGGCUGUUAUGGGUGAGGAUAGGAAAGAAGAUGGGAAUGAGAAUAAGGAAAUUGCUGGUGCUGCGCAGUGGAGGUUCGUUACUGGGAGAGAAGCGGAGGAGAAUCGGAAAGCAGGGGAUGAGAUGAAAUCUGAUGGAGGGGAGACGACAGAAAAAGAAAGUGCACAGAGUGGAGGAAAAGAGAAACAGAAACGAGACGAGUAUGAAGAGGAAGACGAGCAGGAUACGGGGAACGGAUGGGGUAUUGGUGCGAACGUCAAGUUUUGCGAGGAUGUGUUUCUCGUUGCUGAUGAGCAUAUGCUGAGAAGUACGAAAGGAAGAGACUAUGCUAAACUCACCACUUUGGUCGUCUCGCCUACACACCAGCGUCGCGGAAUAGGCCAGCAAAUCCUCUCUCGCGGCCUGGAAGAAGUCGACAGACUGAAUUUGCAGUGCGUAUUGGCUGCUUCGAAAGAAGGCUUGGGUUUGUACAAGCGAUUUGGAUUUGUGGAGUUUGAAACGAUGAAGUUGAGGUUGUGGGAGUAUGAGGGUGGGGAGGGGUUUGGUGAGGAUGACCAUGUUGUUAUGUGGAGGCCGCCGGCGAGGAGAGAAGAAGUGUGA